AUGCAAGGGCACGGUUUUUUAUCUGUCAAUCGCUAGGGGACUCCAGCGUGGUGAUGCAUGGACACACUCUCACUCACAGUCACACACACUCAUCUAGAUUAAUGUACUGCUCAGGAUGUUGCAGCCGCAGCAGCCCAUCACAGGCAACGGGCCCAGCGUAAGCCGCGGUCUCGGGUUGAACGUCCACCCGGGAAUGCAUCCCCUUAACCCGGUGCACCCGUCUUCUCAACACCGCCCCGACGGAGACCCCGCGGGCCUCGAAGGCGCAGAAAAUGGACACGACAACCGCCGAGACAUUGGAGAUAUCCUGCAACAGAUCAUGACGAUUACCGACCAAAGUUUAGACGAAGCUCAAGCAAAAAAACACGCUUUAAACUGUCAUCGGAUGAAACCGGCUUUAUUCAGCGUCCUGUGCGAAAUUAAAGAGAAAACUGGUCUUUCCAUGAGAAACGCUCAGGAGGAGGAGCCUCCAGACCCACAGCUCGUGCGAUUGGACAACAUGCUGCUGGCCGAAGGAGUGGCCGGUCCAGAGAAGGGGGGCGGAGCCGCCGCCGCGGUCUCUGCCGCGACUAGCUCUGGCGGGAUGUCACCUGACAGCUCACUGGAGCACUCCGACUAUAAAAGCAAGUUGAGCCAAAUUCGGAACAUUUACCACACAGAGCUGGAAAAAUACGAGCAGGCCUGCAGUGAGUUCACUACCCACGUUAUGAACCUGCUGAGGGAGCAGUCUCGCACCCGGCCCGUGUCUCCACGUGAAAUCGAGCGCAUGGUGGCCAUCAUCCACCGCAAGUUCAGCUCCAUUCAGACACAGCUCAAACAGAGCACCUGUGAAGCAGUCAUGAUACUGCGCUCACGCUUUCUGGACGCCAGGCGUAAACGGCGUAAUUUUAGUAAACAGGCCACAGAAGUCCUGAACGAGUAUUUCUAUUCACAUCUCUCUAACCCCUACCCGAGCGAGGAGGCCAAAGAAGAGCUGGCCAAGCAGUGCGGUAUCACUGUAUCUCAGGUGUCCAACUGGUUUGGCAACAAGAGGAUUCGCUAUAAGAAGAACAUUGGCAAAUUCCAGGAAGAGGCCAAUCUGUAUGCCAUGAAGACGGCCUUAGGGGCGACACAGAGCGAGGAAUCACCCCACACUCCGAACUCCACUGGCUCAGGGUCAUUCUCGCUGUCAGGGUCAGCUGACUGCUUCCUAGGAGUUCCUCCAAUGAAUGGCGAGCAGCCUCCCUAUCACAUGGGAGCUCAGACUAAUGGAAACUGGCAGGAGCAGAACACGCCACCCUCCGCCACUUCACCCGGCAGUGAUCACUCCGACAACUCUGACUGAUGAGCUUCUUCCGCUGACGUCCGCCUCAGACACCGGAGGACAAACGGAAUGACGAAAGAAUGAUGGUCACUCUUCCACCCAACUGCAGUUUUUAGUUUUUCGCGUUUUUGUUUUUAGAAGCUCAUUAUCGGACUUGACAUUGAGCCUCAUUCAUGAAACACGAGCAGAGAUUUUCCGUGUAAACCGUUCAUAAAGCUUUUCUUAUGAAAAUUGUUGUAUUGUAUUUAAUACGAUAAUUCACAUAAGAAUGGGCCUCAUUCAUGAAGCAUCAAGUAAAUUGUUCGUAAAAUCUGAUUUUUUUUUUUUAAUGCCAAUGUGUUUGUGUGCUAACUUCCAUAAGGUUUUGUUGUAUACAUAUGUAUACAAAUACACACACAUACACACUAUAUCUAUCUAUAUAUAUAUAUAUAUAUAUAUAUAUAAUAUAUAUAUGCUAAUUUAGAUAAAAAGUUUUAGUUUUACAAACAAUUUAUGCAUUUGUUGAGCUUUUGUUUCAUGAAUGGGGCCGUUUUCUCCGUUUGGAUGAAUGAGUGUGUUUGUGUGAGAGAGAAGAGUUGGAUGAGAUCAUGUCGUCAUAUAUUUUAUUUUAGUUUUAUUUUCACUUUUUCACUACAUCACAACUUCCACUAUUUGUUACUGCAAUAUCUGGGUGUUGAAAGGGGAACUUUUUAAACUGCAUUAAUACUGCUUUCAUUAUAGUUAUAUUAUUAUUGUUAUUAUCACUGCUCUAUAUUGUUUAUUCAAAGCUCAGAUAGAAUUGGCUUGGGUGAAGGGGGCAAUAGAGAAAAAUCCAAAGAUUGUUUUUUUUUUUUUUUUUUUUUUUUUCGUGUGUGUGUGUGUUUCUCUUUUUUACUGGGUUUGUGUAUGUAUCAGUUAUAUGAAUGAGGUGUGUUUGCUGUCUUUAUUUACCGUUUGAAUGAGUAUAUCAACAGUGCUGUCUUUUCUCUGUACAGUGAAACACCUGUAUUCUCUACCUCUUUUACAAUAAAGACUGUCUGUGUACACAUUCA